UCUGUGAUGGGAAAACAAUAGCUCGUGCCCGCCGAGCACUCGGUGUGCCGGGCAGUGGGCUAGCGCCUUGGAUGAAUGAACUCAUUUCAUCCUUCGGGAUUCAUGCCCUGUAAGGUGGCUGCACACUGCCCCCAUUUUACAGACGGAGAAACUGGGGCAGAGCGGCCAGGUAAUUUUUGCCACAUUUAGCGAGGGCCCUGGACCGGAACAAGGAUUCCGUUCCUGCCCGUUACUUCCCAUUUUUGUUUCUUGGCAGGUCGGUCCGACUCCCUAAGUUCUCAGCCUCCCUUGCAUCUGUAAAAUGGGGUAGCAGUACUUUUUAGGGUCUUCGUUAGAUUUAGAAACAAUACAUGCAAAGCAUCCCCGAUUCUGGUGUGGAGGAGCUGUGCAUCACGGAGUGUCUAUGGUUCCUCCUCCAGCAGCUUCCCCCACCUGGCUGAGGCGCCCCAGCCCCAGAUGACACCCCACACUCAGCUAGCCGAGCUCUCACGCCAGGUGCUGCUCCCCGAAGAGCCCUCGGCAAAGCCAGGUGGCCAGUGCAGGCAGCUGUGGCCGGGCCCCCCUCUGACACUGGUCUGGUUGCUCCAGGAGCCCUCCUCCCCUGUCCUCCCAGCUGCGGUUUGUGUGUGAGAAGGAGGGCUGUUUCCCGCAUCCUGUGGGUGCUCUCAGAGGUGACCCCUGUGGGAUGUGUGCUUAGGAGGGGCCGCCGAGCAGCAGUCUGGUGUGCAUCUGUGCGAGAGGGAGUGUUUUAACCACAUUCCGUGGGUGUGGUAAGGUCUGGCCAGAUGCGGGGGCGGGGGCUGGAGGAGGAGGAAGGUUUGCAGGCUGUGUUAUAUGGAGGACCCAUGCAGCACUCCAGGCAGCGGCCGCCGCUCAGCGAAAGCACCUGGGUGGGUCAUUAGGCAGGGAGACAAGGCAAAUAUGGGCAAGCGCCUUUAGUGUGAUUUCUUCGGGAAGGGAAGGGCUAGGUGGGGCAGGCUGACUUAGGAUUGGCUGCCUGUGUUGGACAGUGGCAGCUGGGGAAAUUCAUGUUCAUUGUGGGUUUUACAGUGUGUACCAUUUAAAGCUUCCCUAAGGCCUCCAGGUAUCUAGGGGUGAGUCGCAGUUUGUGGAGUCACAGCUAGUAGACCUUAGGUGACCUUACAGCAAUUAGAACAUCAUUAAUACAAGGAGACGGAGAUGGGCGAAUUGUCUUAGAGCUUCAUUGGCUUGACUUACCUUGUCAGCAGUCUGCACUCCCUUGCUAGGAAAACCGAGAAGGAAAGAAUGGCCGUGGAUUUGCUGCCCACUAAGGUGACAGAGUCUGUGACAUUCAGGGACGUGGCCGUGUUCUUCAGCCAGGACGAGUGGCUGCGCCUGGACUCCGCGCAGAGGACCCUGUACCGGGAGGUGAUGCUGGAGAACUACGGCACCCUCGUCUCGCUGGGGAUUCCGUUCUCAAGGCCGAAGGUGAUCUGCCAGUUGCAGGAAGGAGAAGAUCCUUGCCUGGUGGACGGAGAACUCCCUCGGGACGCCUGUCUAGGCACCAGCGUAUCCGAACUCCCAUUCCGCCACACCCUCACCAGCAACUGGGCACUGAGUAUGAUCUAUGGGACGGUGGCCAUGCUGGCCUACAGUUCCCAGACGGCAUCUCUCUCCUUCCAGAAGAAGACAGGGUAG